AUGUCUGCCCCUGGAGCUGGUCACGAAUUCCCUGCCAAAGCGGUCUCUUGGCAGAAGCGCGAUGUGCUACUAUUCGCCAACAGCAUUGGUAUCAAAGCCGAUGAAUUGCAUUUUCUCUACGAACUUCACCCCAAAUUCUCAGUCUUCCCCACCUACCCCCUGAUCCUCCCAUUCAAGCUCACUGACCAGGAGGUGACCGACUUCUAUGCUCGCCAACAAGCAGUUCAUAUUCCGGGCGUGCCCGACCUGGACCAUCGUCAUGGUGUUGAUGGCCAGCGCAAGCUGACAGUCCUGAAGCCGCUUCCUCCCACCAGCGCAGGCCGCAAGUUCGAGCUUCGUAACAAAGUCAUCGGCGUCUAUGACAAGGGCAAGCCCGGUACUGUGAUUGAGACUGAGCAGUCUAUCGUAGAUGCUGAAAGUGGUGAGGUGUAUAACAAGGUCGUGAGCAGUGGUUUCCUGGUCGGACAGGGUGGCUGGGGUGGUCCCAAGGGACCCAGCACGGUCAACUACGCCCCGCCCCAGGGCAAGGCUCCUGAUGCUAUCCAUGUUGUUCAGUCUAACAUGGAGACUGCUCACCUUUACCGACUCAAUGGUGACUACAACCCCCUCCACGCUACGCCAGAGCCCGGUCAGAAGAUGGGCUUCGGUGGUAUUAUCAUCCACGGCCUGUUCAGCUGGAACUCUGCUGCGCACGGUAUCCUACGCGAACUGGGCGGUAGCGAUCCUUCCAAUUUAAAGGAGUUCCAGGCCCGCUUUGCCUCGCCCGUUCGCCCCGGUGACAAGCUUACCACUGAGAUUUGGCGCAUGGGCAAUUUCCAGGAUGGCUUUGAGGAGGUUCGUUUCGUUACCAAAAAUGACAAGGGCAAGGUCGUGUUGAGCAAUGGCCGUUGUUUGUUGAAGGUGGUUGGCGUCAAGAGCAAGUUGUAA